AUGGACUCUUAUCAAAUUAUAUACAUGCUGUUCCCACUGGUUGAGAGAAAGCACAGUUGGGCACCAAAAAAACGUAUUUUUUUGCUCUGCAAAUUGCCAACUUCACACGGAUUCACAUGCCUCGCACUUGGUUGGCUAGCUGAAAGCUGCGAGCAAGCCCUCAUUCGUGCAAAACACGUCAUAUUGUCCCGCUUCGCUCAGGUUGCCACCGAGCUCCUUUUUGGAGCCAUGCGAGCCAUGCAAGCGAGGUCUCGGCACGUGGAUGGGGAUUUGCCGAGGUCUUGGAAACCUGCGACGCUUUCACAGCAGCAAAACGCUGCGACAGCCAAAGCAGCGGUUUCCCGUGACGGCAGUGACGGCAGCUCGUUGACAGUGGACGCGUCGCAGGUGAGUGACUUGCUCGCUCUCCCCGCCAGGAAGUAA